AUGGCAAACGUUGACGACCUGUUCAAUGUUUUCGACGAUAAGAACGAGGACGAUGAAGUCACGAUAGUACCAAUUGUUUUGCCCGCAUCACCAUCGGCGGCCACAGGAGGUCCAGCAAAACGCGAAAGAGCCAGCUUAAAAGAUGGUGAUGCGGAAAUGUUAGGCAAAGUCGAUCAGGAAACGGAUCUCAUGAGCGACGAUGAACAUCCAACGAAGAAGCCUAGAAUUGAAUCGAUUCUGGACGAUAUCAACUUGGACAACAUUGAAAGCCGCAUCAAGGUACACACGAUUCAAUCACCAGAAGCCUGCACGCACGAGGUCGCUGUGUAUCCGGACCAAAAAUAUACGCCGCUCGUGCCUGCAUCAGGCAAACCGGCGAAAGAGUACUCGUUUGUCCUCGAUCCUUUCCAAAAAGAGGCGAUCCUGUGCAUCGAGAAUAACCAAUCGGUGCUCGUAUCCGCUCAUACGUCUGCCGGUAAAACGGUAGUGGCCGAGUACGCGAUUGCCAAGUCGCUCGCGGAUAAGCAGCGCGUUAUUUACACAACGCCUAUAAAGGCGCUAUCGAACCAGAAGUACCGCGAGUUCCACGAGGAGUUCAAGGAUGUCGGUUUGGUGACGGGUGACGUGACGAUCAACCCGAGUGCCUCCUGUCUGAUUAUGACCACAGAGAUUCUCCGUAACAUGCUGUAUCGCGGUUCCGAGAUCAUGCGCGAGGUGGGCUGGGUGGUGUUCGAUGAGAUCCACUACAUGCGCGAUAAGGAACGCGGUGUGGUGUGGGAAGAAACGCUUAUUCUGCUGCCAGACAAUGUGCAUUACGUGUUCCUAUCGGCGACGAUUCCGAACGCACGGCAAUUUGCCGAGUGGGUGUGCCACCUACACAAGCAACCGUGCCACGUGGUGUACACGGACUAUCGACCAACGCCGCUGCAGCACUAUCUCUUCCCCGUCGGUGGUGACGGCAUCCAUCUGGUGGUUGACGAGCGUGGUCAGUUUAAGGAGGAUAACUUCAACACCGCUAUGAAUGUGUUGCAGAAUGCCGGCGACGCGGCUAAGGGCGAUCAGAAGGGUCGGAAAGGUGGCCUGAAGGCGUCCAAUGCAGGCGAAACGAACAUCUUCAAGAUCGUGAAGAUGAUCAUGGAGCGCAACUUCGCUCCCGUCAUUAUAUUCUCGUUCAGCAAGAAGGACUGCGAGGUGUACGCGAUGCAGAUGGCCAAAUUGGACUUUAACUCGACGACGGAGAAGAAGCUGGUAGACGAGGUGUUUAACAACGCGAUGGACGUACUGACGGAGGAAGAUCGGCAGCUGCCACAGGUGGAGAACGUUCUGCCAUUGUUGCGUCGUGGUAUCGGCAUUCACCACGGUGGUUUGCUGCCCAUACUGAAGGAAACGAUCGAGAUUCUGUUCGGUGAGGGCUUGAUUAAGGCGCUCUUUGCGACGGAAACGUUCGCGAUGGGGCUGAACAUGCCCGCCCGUACGGUGCUCUUUACUGGACCACGAAAGUUCGACGGCAAAAGCUUCCGGUGGGUGACUUCUGGCGAGUACAUUCAGAUGUCGGGCAGAGCCGGCCGACGUGGGCUGGACGAUAAGGGUAUCGUGAUACUGAUGAUUGACGAGGCCGUCUCACCGACGGUGGGGAAGGAGAUUGUACAGGGCAAACCGGAUCCGAUCAAUUCCGCGUUUCAUCUCACGUACAAUAUGGUGUUGAAUCUGUUGCGUGUCGAGGAAAUCAACCCCGAGUACAUGCUGGAGCGUUCGUUCUUCCAGUUCCAGAACCAGUCCUCCAUACCGGAUAUCUACAAGCGCGUGCAGCAAAAGCAGAAGCAGCUGCUGGCGAUGAAGAUCAACAACGAGGAAUCGAUCAUCUCGUACCAUCACAUUCGCGAACAACUCGACCGGCUCGGGGCGGACUUCCGAGGGUACAUCUCGCGCCCGGUGUACCUGGUACCGUUCCUGCAGCCGGGUCGUAUGAUCAAGAUCCAAUCGGAGGCGGGCGAGUUCGAGUGGGGCAUCAUCGUUAACUUUAAGAAGGAAAAUGCCGACGCAAAGCAGAACCCACUCAAGACGGAGCAGAAGGUGAUCAUCGACGUGCUGCUGCACGUGGCCGAUGGCUUUGAGAAGGAGGGAAUCCCGAAACCGUGCCCGCCCGGCAAACGCGGUUCGGUUGAGGUUGUGCCGGUGUUACACAAGCUGGUCGCACGCAUCAGCUCGCUGCGUGUGUACUAUCCGAACGAUCUACGACCUGCGGACAACCGCCGGUCGGUGCUGAAAACGAUCGAGGAGGUGAAAAAGCGAUUCCCGCAGGGUCCACCCUUGCUCAACCCGAUCACCGACAUGAACAUCAAGGAGAAGGAGUUCCAGGGUAUCGUCGACCUGAUCGAUAAGUUCGAGAAUCGCCUGUUCGCUCACCCGCUGCACGAAUCGGACGGACUCGAGGAACUGUACGCGCAGUACAUGAGCAAGCUGGAGGUGGAGAAGGAACUGCGAACGGCGAAGAAUGCGUUGCGUGAGGCACGCAGUUUGCUGCAGAUGAGCGAGCUAAAACACCGAAAGCGGGUGUUGCGCCGGCUCGGGUACUGCACAUCUUCGGAUGUGAUCGAGUUUAAGGGGCGUGUGGCGUGUGAGUUAAGCUGCGCCGACGAGUUGCUCAUCACGGAGAUGGUUUUCAACGGAACGUUCACCGAGCUAACACCGUCACAAUCGUGCGCCCUGCUGAGCUGCUUCGUGUGUGAUGAGAAGAGCAGCGAAAUGCCCACAGCCACGGAGGAGCUGUCGGGGCCACUGCGUCAAAUGCAGGACCUCGCUCGCCGGAUCGCGAAGGUGUCGAACGAGUGCAAGGUUGAAGUGGACGAGGAACGGUACGUCGAGUCGUUCAAGCCAUUCCUGAUGGAUGUCGUGUUGUGCUGGUGCAAGGGCGCCUCCUUCUCGCAGCUGUGCCGGAUGACGGACAUCUUCGAGGGUUCCAUCAUCCGGUGCAUGCGGCGGCUCGAGGAGUUGCUCCGGCAGAUGGUGCAGGCGUCGAAAACGAUUGGUAACACGGAUCUGGAGAACAAGUUCUCGGAGGCGAUUAGGUUACUGAAGCGCGACAUCGUGUUUGCGGCGUCGCUGUAUCUGUAGGAUUGUAUAUGAAUAAACUUUAGGAGAUGUUCUGCAAUAA